UGCCCUAAUUUUUAAUUAUAGUAUUUCUGAUUAAGAUCACAAAAUCACUCACAACGAAGAGCUUUAGCUUCCCUGAUCUACUGCUUCCUGCACAAAAUCUACUUGAAAAUCCUCAACACACUGCUACACUCAUACAUACAAACCACCGUGAGCAGGUAUUUAGGGUUUUGGUUGAUCGCUACCGAAUAAUUCUGAUGGAAUCGGAGAAGGAAACGUCGGAAGCAUGCAAUAAGCAAGAGGAGGAGAAGGCUGAAGAAAAAGGGGUACUCAAGGACGAUGCUGGCUUCGUGGAAGCCGCGAAACUGGAGGAAAAGGAGGUAAUUGAGGAAACGCAACAGGAGAAUGAGAAGGAGGUGGAGGAUGAUGAGAUGGCAGAAGUAGGUGGGAAUGCGGGGGAAGACGAGGGAGCGAAAGACGAAGAAGUAGAGGAAAAGGGGGAGGAACAAGUAGUAGAAGAGGCUAAAAGUGGCGGAGAAGAAGAUGGCGAAGAUAGAGAAGAGAAGAAGAGUGCAGCAACGAAUUCACGAAAAAAGAGAGCGGCCGAGACGGACGAACUGUCGUCACCUAGGACGCCUGUGAGUGACAGGCCGACCAGGGAGAGGAAGACAGUUGAGAGAUUCACGGUGAAUGAGUCGGCAAAGAGUUCUGCUCGCAAGCCUUUGGCAAUUGAGAAGGGUCAAGGCACACAGCUCAAAGACAUCCCCAAUGUGGCCUUCAAGUUGUCCAAGAGGAAAGCUGAUGAGAACCUGCACCUUCUUCACACCAUUCUUUAUGGGAAAAAAGCAAAGGUGCAUAAUCUGAAGAAAAAUAUCGGCCUCUUUUCAGGUUUUGUAUGGACUGAGAACGAGGGAAAACAGAGGACCAAAGUUAAGGAGAAGCUUGAUAAAUGUGUCAAAGAAAAAUUGAUAGAUUUUUGUGAUGUUCUUAAUAUUGACAAUAAGGCUUCUGUAAAGAAGGAAGAACUCUCAGUGAAGUUAUUGGAAUUCCUGGAAUCUCCUCAUGUCACAUCAGAGAUGUUGCUUGCUGACAAGGAAAAGGGUAAGAAGCGAAAGAGUAAUGACCCAGUAAUCAAAAGCCCUGGUUCUUCUAACCUGGCUGGAGGGAAAUCUACCAAGAAGCAAAAAACGGAUUCUGAUUCUGGAAAAAAGAGAAAACUUUCAACUAACGAAGAAAUUGAUGACAAAAGCGAAUCUUUAGAAAGUAAAGAAGAUCAGGAUGAGGAUGACAAAGUUGCUCAGGUGGACAGCGAUGAUAAAGAGACCAACUCAGGGGAAGACACAGAUGAAGAGCAUGGUUCACCCAAUACCCAGCCGAGUUCUUUAAAGAAGAGGACUAAAAAAGAUACUGGUAGGACAGCUGAGAAGUCUGCUGGUAAGAAAAGCCCUACAAAUGCUUCUAAUACUCCUGCUAAAUCGACUAAAAAGUCGUCCAGUUCCGUAUCAAAGAAAGGUGCUGCUAACACUGAGUCAAAGAGUAAACAGAAGGUGACUUCAGCUAAGAAACAAAAAGCUGAAAAGCAAACUGAGGUCGAUACAAGUCCACCUGCAAAGGCUAAAGCUACAAGCAAGUCUUCAACCAAAGUUUUGAAGAAGAAUCAAGGUGAAGGCAAAAGUAAAAAGGCUAAAGAAGAGCCUACCCGGGAAGAAAUGCAUGAAGUUGUAGUGAACAUACUCAAGGAAGUUGAUUUUAAUACUGCGACACUAUCUGAUAUCCUCAGACAACUUGGAAACCACUUUAGCGUAGAUCUUUUGCAUAGGAAGUCCGAAGUAAAAGAUAUAAUCACGGAAGUGAUAAAGAAUAUGUCUGAUGAUGAAGAGGACGAGGAUGACGAAGCCUCCGAAUCCGGCGACGAAUCGGGAAAAGAUGGAGGGGAUGAUGAAGCCUAGGCUUGAUCAAAUGGUGUAUAGUAUAUAUAUACAUCUGAGUUGAUAGUUUAAUCUUUUGGAGGACUGUUCAAAAUGGGGUCACAACAUUAGCAAUUUGCUCUGUUUUGAAUGCGGCAUUAGGGUUCUAUUUGUAGGGUUUUUUUAUGAUUAUACUUGAUUUUGUAAAAUUAAUUUAUAAAUUUUCUAGUAAUAGGAGCAUACGACUGUAAUAAAUGUGCAGUAUUUUACUGCUAGCCUUAUUUGUUUUAUGUUAUUGCUUUUUACUUGUGACAGUGGGAAAUUAAAUAGGAUCGUGGUAAGAGUAAGAUAUUACUUUGUUA